AUGGCUGGAAAACUGCUCUCUGUUGAGCAAAUCGCGGGCCACAACACGCCCGAAGAUUGCUGGAUCGUGGUAGAUAAACAAGUAUGGGACGUGACGGAUUUUUUGGAGGAGCAUCCUGGGGGCUCUACAAUUAUCCUGAAGUAUGCCGGUCGCGACGCGACAAAAGCCUACUCCGAAGUCCACGCCCCCAGCGUCCUGAAAUCGAACCUCCCACCAGAGAAACACAUCGGCCUUCUCGACAAAUCGACCAUCACCGACGACUGGCUCAAAGAGCCCCCGAGAGCUAAUCCCCAGCUACUCCUUGAGCAUGAAAAACCGCCCCUCCACACCCUGAUCAACUCGCACGAUUUCCAAGUUGUCGCGUCCAAGACCGCCAGUCCCAAGACGUGGGCGUUUUACUCCAGCGCAGCUACCGAUCUGUUUACACGCGACGCAAAUAAGUCAUACUUUGAUAGGAUUUGGUUCCGACCGCGGGUGCUGAGGAAUGUGCGGGAAGUUGAUACAAGGUCGACGAUUCUGGGUGUUGAUAGUAGGUUGCCGUUGUUUGUGAGUCCGGCAGCUAUGGCGAAGUUGAUUCACCCGGAUGGAGAGUGUGCGAUCGCGCGGGCUUGUGAGAGUAGGGGAAUUAUGCAAGGCAUAUCGAACAAUUCGUCCUACACGAUGGACGAACUUCGGGCCGCUGCACCAUCGGGCAACUUCUUCUUUCAGCUGUAUGUCAACAGGGACCGUGCGAAAUCUGCAGCACUCCUGCGACAAUGCUCCGCCAAUCCCAACGUCAAAGCCAUCUUCGUGACAGUCGACGCAUCCUGGCCUGGCAAACGAGAAGCGGACGAGCGCGUCCGCGCAGAUGAGAGCUUAUCAGUUCCGAUGGCACCAUCCCAAGCGAAAAAUGACAAGAAAGGCGGUGGUCUAGGCCGUGUAAUGGCAGGGUUUAUCGACCCGGGACUCACCUGGGAAGAUCUGAAAUGGGUGCGACAGCAUACGCAUCUCCCCGUGUGUCUGAAGGGUGUGAUGUCAGCGGACGACGCCAUGCUAGCCAUGAAAGCGGGGUUAGACGGGAUUCUACUUAGCAAUCACGGCGGACGGAAUCUAGACACCAGCCCACCAUCCAUCAUCACGCUUCUAGAACUGCACAAACGAUGCCCGGGGAUUUUCAAUAGGAUGGAGAUCUACGUAGAUAGCGGGAUUCGCCGGGGGACUGAUAUCCUCAAGGCCGUGUGCUUAGGCGCGACGGCCGUGGGAAUGGGUCGGAGCAUGCUCUUUGCGACGAACUAUGGACAGGAGGGAGUGGAGCAUUUGAUCGAUAUCAUGCGCGAUGAAUUGGAAACAGCGAUGCGCAAUACGGGAAUCACGGGGUUGGAUGAGGCUAGUCCGGGUUUGGUGCAUACGGGGGAUGUCGACCAUUUGGUCCCUGAUUCGGCCAGACAUCCGUACGCUCGGGCGGUGAUUCGAAAGCGUGCAGCGAAGCUGUGAAAUACCAGCGCAGAUUGCAGAUAGGACCAACACGUGUUAUCCGCUUGUUGUUUGAACAUACAUACAGAGUAGUAGUAUGUAGUAAGUAGAAUGCGGCCGCCUCAGUCAUGCUGGCUCAAUGCAACCAGCCCACAUAUUCUAAUUCGCAUUUCCGGGGCGGGCUUGAACCCCUGUCU